GAAUUCAUCAUGAGCUUUCAGAACCUACCGAACGAAUUAAUUCUGGAAAUAGCCCACGGGCUAUCUCCACCGGACACAAAGGCCCUCCUAAGGGCAAACCGUCAUAUGUCCGUCUUACUCCCUCCGGUCCUACUCGAAAACUCAAUCUGUUCACCAAAACACGCCCAAGAGGCUCUAUUCUCUGUCGCAGCCCGUGGGGACAAGGAAACUGUCCGAAAGCUCUUGGCCAAAGGUAUACUCAAAUCAAUCCGCGGCCAUAAGCCCCUUCUUAGCAGGGCAGUGUAUAGCCAGAGUGAAGCUUGCGUCCGCACGCUGAUAGCCUGCGGAGUGGAUCUCGAUCCCAACGAUCUCGAUGGGCUCACCCCAUUCGCAGAUGCCGUCGUGUCCGCCCGCUUGGAUAUCAUCAAGAUCUUUCUCGAUAUCCCCGAGGUUGACGUUAACUCGCGGUGCCACUAUUCCUUGACCCCACUGCAUAUCACACUCUGCACGGAUAAGGACAGCGCUCAUGCCGAGGUUUUACGAGUUUUAUUGGCCGACGAAAGGGUCAAGGUCGAUUUGGUCGACGAAUCUUCUUGGACCCCCCUCUCCCGAGCCGCUCAUUCCGGAAAAGCUUGGGCAGUGCGAAUUCUCCUGGAGGACGGGAGAGCCGAUGUCGAACAUGUCGAUAGGCUAGGCAGGACGCCUUUACAUCUUGCGGCAAAACGGGGACACGACGAUAUUGUAAGGGUGUUGUUAGAAUCCGGAGGCGCUGGUGUUAAUACCGUGGACGAUCAUGGAGAGACGCCGCUCUUCACCGCGGCGAGCAGAGGUUAUUUAUGCGCUGUGAGGGAACUCUUGGCCGACCCGCGAAUCGAUGUCAACACCUCCGACUCGGACGACUGGUCCCCGCUUUUCGUCGCAUGCCUAAAGGGCCACGUACCUAUCGUUAAAGUCCUCUUGGGAGAUUCGAGAACUCUAGUGAACUACACGGAUGGCUAUGGGUUCACACCCCUGCAAGCCGCCUCACAGAAGGGCUAUUUGAAUGUCGUGCGAGAACUGGUCCGGGAUCCGAGAGUCAGGGCUAAUCACCAGAACCUGGAAGGCCUCACAGCCCUGCAUAUGGCAGCGAGAGCUGGUUAUGAAGAGGUGGUGAACGCGCUAUUAGGAAUGAAGGAGACAGACGUCGAUUUAAAGCCACCGCAGGGCAAGUCCGUGAGGAUGUCGGUGCGCACAUACCCCGAGAAAGUGCAGCAUAUUCUGCAAAAAUAUCUUGCGGGGGUGCAGGUUGGGGUGAAGGUUGGCUGAGGGUCAAAUGGCGUGGGGGGGGGGGGGGGGAGGUGGUGGUUCUCGGCCUACUGGAGUUGGAAAUGGGGUAGAGUGAGAAGGAGUGAUAAAAGAGGAGUAGCUGGCUGGCAGUGCGGGUGGCCUCCACGAUAUUUGGUUGUUUUUGGAAGUCAAUUCUUUUGUACUGUACUCGGUGGGUAAUAGAGGCGCGCGGGGUGGUACGGGUAAUCUAUGAAACUCC